AUGCAGAUCGAACGUCGGGUAUUUAUUGGCGGCUUACACCAGGAUGUCACGGAAGAUGAUAUCAAGAGAUGUUUUCGAACAUUUGGUGACAUUAGAAAUGUGGAGAUAAAAGUAAAAACUAAUGCGUCUGGUGGUAGACCUAAUACUUUUGCAUAUUUGGAUAUUAGUAUUACGGAUAAAAACUUUGAGCGAUGUUUGUCUACUUACAAUAAAGCAAGAUGGAAAGGAAACCAUAUGCGCCUUCAGCUAGCAAAGGAUAACUUUCUAUGCAGAUUAAAUAGCGAAAGAGACGAUAUCAAAAAAACAUCUAUUGCAUGCGAGUCUGACCACCCGCAGAGAGUGGUAGCUAGUAAAGAAGGCGAUGAGACUGGCAAUACCUAUGAUCGCUUAUCACCUGGCCUGAAAAUGCAUCGUAAGGAUAGAAAGCAUGUAAUAAACUGUAGCUUUGAAAAGGCGCAGAAUACGCGUAUUAUCUUCGACAAUGCUCGCAGCACUGACUAUGAAAACAGUCUGCGUGAUAUAUCAGUCAUUGAACUAACCUGGAACAUAAUCAAAACUGCAAAAGGUUUAGAGGACAAAUCAUUUGAUCAUAAUCAUGAAACUCCUCGUGAGAGCAAUAGUAAUAGUAUUAUAAACAAAUACAGGAAAGCGAGCGUGUUGUCAGACGAUAAGCUGAUAUCACGAAUGCCCCAUACAGUCACCCUACAAAGUGACGUUAAUGGUGAAGAACGUAUUAGCGCUGAAAUUACCCAGGUUUCACAGCCAACUGUAGAAGGAAGGAUACCUUUAUUUGACCAUAGUUCUGACGAAGAAUCGAAUGAUAGUGAUAGAUUUAAAGUUAGGCCUCAUCUUGAAGGAAAUCGCGGACAACGGCUGUUAGAUCUUCAAAAAACUUAUCAUGGAGAUGCAAGGUUCAAACUGGAUGACAGAUUUCUUGAAGAUGACGUCAAUUCUACCUAUUCACAUGAGACAUCUUCAGACGCCCGUGAUGCAAUGUAUAACGACGAUAAUGGUACAUCACCCUCUCAUUUUAAAAAUGAAAGACAGCAAAUGCUCGAAGUUCUGCAAGGCAUGGUUGGGAAUAUUGCUUUUACGGGUGUAACGUCAAAUGUUUCGUCCGGAAGUAAGAAGAUGAAAAGAUAUGAUCCAAAUGAUAAAAGUCAUUCGAUUUACGAGUUCAAGAAGGAAGAAUCCACGGAUAUGCAAAAUAUACAACAAACCAAAACAGACCUGAAUGAUAAUAUCGCCGAAAAAAAUCAAUCGAGUCACAAAUACAGUAACGUUAUUCCGUCUCUUGGAGAGUACUUCAGUGGAGGCUCUAAAGCGGAUACAAGCCCAUUUAUUUUUACUUCGGAAAAGGCAAAUCGAUCAUUCGAUGACGCAAUGCAUGUAGUCGAUUCCAAAUUAGAUGAAUUUAGUUUGCGUGACAUAACCAAUGAAGCUAAUCCGCAAAAUAGUGAAUGCAAAUCCUCAAUAAUCAGUUGGUCUAGUUGUGAUGAAGUCGAAUGCUCCGAAGAAAACGAAAGAGCUCAAUCACCUACUAUUGAAACAAAAGUAUGCGUAGUAGGGCCAAAAAUGUUUUUUUGCAUGCAUGAAGAUUGGACUAAGUGCUCGCGGUUGCGUGGUAUGUAG